ACGCCUGCGCACUCGGUGACCUUUCCCGGCCGUCGGCGGGACGCGCAGGGCCUGCGGCAGCUGUUGGGGCCGAGUCCGCCGCCGCGAUGCUUCAGAGCCUGAUGAGGAACGUGUGGGUGCCCCUGCGGCCCUACUACACGCAGGUCUACCAGGAGAUCGUGAUGGGCAUGGGGCUCAUGAGCUUCAUCAUCUACAAGAUCCGACGUGCAGAUAAAAAAAGCAAAGCUCUGAAAGGCUCAAGCCCAGCACCUGCCCAUGGCCACCACUGACCCUGACCGGCUGUCCUGGAGUGCCACAGACCAAUGUGACGACAGUGCUUUUGUGGGGGGCCCUGGACGGCCACUGGACAUGGGGU